GUGUGCUCUCGCGAUAGGUAUGCAAUUCUCGUAGGCUAUCAGCUUUCCGCUUCCAGUCCAGAGACUCGCUGUUCUUCAUCAUAUCAUAAUGCCAAAAUCAAAAGAAGUACUGUCUUCCACAUCUGGAAGUGACUCGGACAGUGAAGUGGAGACCAAGGCAAAGAGAAAGAAGCCAAGUGCACCAGAGAAGCCAGUCAAAAAACCAAAAAGUGGAGAGAGUUCCAAGCCAGGAGGCUCAUCCAAGGGCAGCAGUAAUGGUGACGACAACAUGUUCCAGAUUGGAAAGAUGAGAUAUGUCAGUGUCAGAGACUUCAAGGGUAAAGUCCUGAUUGACAUCAGAGAGUACUGGAUGAACCAAGAUGGAGAGAUGAAGCCAGGGAAAAAGGGUAUCUCCCUGAAUCCUGAGCAGUGGAACCAACUGAAGGACCAGAUUUCAGAAAUUGACGAUGCCAUUAAGAGAGUAUAAGCAUUCCUUUCAGUGUUGUCCGUUGGACUAAUUGAACAUGUUGGCUAAUUAGUUUUGUAAAAAUCCUGAGAUUGUUUUCUAAUGGAUUUGUUUAAUCUGGAGUUUAUAGACGUGGUCGUCUGCAUAUACUGACUUUUUGUGUGUAACUUGUCUUUGAGCCAUUGUAGAAAAGGUGUGGGUGAACGAGGGGUGGUUGACCAUUACAGUUGUUCAGUAGGGUACACCAACACAGUGAUGUUUUUAUAUUGAAUAAUAAAAUCAAGGCACUCACUUAAUGUUGUUUUUCAGCCAAGAUGUAAGUUCAUUUUCAUAGUUUAUCAAGUAGAUAUAAAUCAUAGGAUGUUGUGUCAUCUGACUUUUGUAAUAUGUAGUAGUCAGUAUCCGUGCUCUUCAGUUUAGAAAGUCAAGCCCAGUCUGCUUUGUUGUAACUACAAGUGAUUAGAUUCAUGGUGAACCGUACGAUGGGUUUUGAAAAUAAAUCGUACUAUUAAACAAA